AUGGAUCAACGCUACUAUACCCUCGCAGAAGGCUGCCCCUACGCCAGCAACGCAUCCUCGGUGCAGUUGCGCAGCGGCAACGGGGGCCUGCUUCUAAUGCAGGAUACCCAGCUCAUUGAGACUCUAUCUCACUUUGCUCGUGAGCGGAUUCCAGAGCGUGUAGUCCACGCCAAAGCAGCCGGCGCAUACGGUGAAUUCACCUGUACCCACGACUGCUCCGACAUCACCUCCGCCAGCUUUCUCAGCGAGAUCGGCAAAACUACCCAGUUGCUGCUGCGCAUCUCGACGGUUGGUCCAGAGGCUGGGUCGGCCGAUACUCUGCGCGAUGUGCAUGGCUGGGCUAUGAAGCUUUAUACGGAUGAGGGAAAUUUGGACUGGGUGUUUAAUAAUACGCCUGUCUUUUUCAUUCGGGAUCCUCUCAAGUUCCCGUCGCUUAAUCGGUCUCAUAAGCGGAAUCCGCAGUCGCAUUUGCCCGAUCCGAAUAUGGUAUUCUAUCCUCCUAUUUGUUUUGGGAUUAGCUUCCACGCCGGAAACCCAGAAGGCUUCCACCAGCUCCUCCAUCUAUUCAGUGAUCGAGGCACGCCCGCGUCUCUGAGACAUAUCAAUGCUUACAGCGGGCAUACCUACAAAUUUACUCUCAAAGAUGGCUCUUUCAAAUACGUCAAAUUCCACAUCAAGACCACCCAAGGCGUCAAAAACCUGACCAAAGAAGAAUCCGUCCGCUUGGCUGGUGAAAACCCCGACUUCCUUAUCCAAGAUCUUUUCGAAGCUAUCGAGCGGAAGGACUAUCCUACCUGGAAUGUUUACGUGCAGGUCAUGUCGCCGGAGCAGGCUGAGAACUACCGGUGGAAUAUCUUCGAUAUGACCAAGGUGUGGCCGCAUAGUGAUUUUCCGCUGCGGCAGAUCGGGACGAUGAAGUUGAAUCGGAAUCCCCGCAACUACUUCACCGACAUUGAACAAGCCGCCUUCUCUCCGUCGAACCUUGUUCCAGGCGUUGCUCCAUCCGCAGACCCAAUGCUCCAAGCAAGAAUGUUCUCCUACCCCGACGCAGCCCGCUACCGCGUCGGCACAAACUACCAACAACUCCCCACCAACGCGGCCAAGACCCAAGUGUACUGUCCUUACCAGCGCGACGGACAGAUGAACUUCUCCGACAACUACGGCGCUGAUCCCAACUACGUCGGGUCAUCUUUGAAACCGAUCAAAUUUUACCAAGAUGUGAAAGGACAGGCGCCGCAGGCUGUCAGCACCCUCACGGAGCAUGAGAAGUGGGUGGGCCAGGCGAGGGGAUUGUGGAAGGUGAUUGGGAAGGAGGAGGGACAUCAGGAACGGUUCUUUGGGAAUGUGGCGGUGCAUUUGGGACAGGUUUGGAGUGGGCCGUUGCGGGAGCGGGUUUAUGGUGAACUUAUCCCUUCCUGUAUAUCCCUUUCUUCAAGUUGCUUGGGUGUUAUGUCAGUAAAAUGGUCUAAGAAUGCAUGCCAGCUGUCAUCGUCUAGGUGCUACUGUUUACUUUCGGAGAAAACAUGCCAAGGAGCAUUCCUGUGCAUGGCAAUGGCCAAUCCAACCGUCGGGAGGAAUUCGCUGCAUAUCGAUUGUGACAGGUCAGCUUCACUUCAGCAAUUAUCUCAAUGUUGA